AUGCCAUUUCCUAUCACCUGCAACGCUGUUGGAGACAUCGUAACCGUAGUCCAAUUGGCCCUUGGAAUUUACCAAGCCCUCAAUGACAGCCGGGGAUCGUCAGCAGACUUUCAGGAUGUCUCCUCCGAGAUUCGGCGCUUGUCCAGAGAUCUGUCGCAGGUUCAAUCUGUUAUCCAGCACGCCGAUGUGCCCAAGGAUUUCGCAAACACCAUAUCGAAGGAUAUCGCGUCAUGUCAGGACAUCAUAGACGAUUUCCAGGAGCGCAUCGCGCCGUUCGGGCGUGCGCUAGGACCAAGAUCCGUGCCACGCGGCUGGGCGCUGCGGGCGGCGCGGAAGCUUGACUGGCGUCUGCGCAGGAAGGACGAAGCAAUUGAGUUCAGGAAGACGUUGGACCGUUACCGCCUCACCGUUGCCACGCAUCUGAUAUCACUUGUGUUAGUCACUGUGCAGCAAGGUCAGGAUGAGACGAGGGAGGGCAGGGAUGAGGCCAGAGAAGAACGAACGGCUGUGCAAGCCAAAUUAAACGAAGUAUGGGUAUUCCUUCAGAACAUUACCCCCGCAGUGGGCUUCAGCAGUCAGAAUGGAAUCAUGUUCACCGACGUCCUCGGGAGGCGGAUGAUCCUCCCAAUGAUGCUCUGCAUGGAAUGGCAGCAAUUUGAUGCGACGGUCAAGGUCAUGUUCGGCUCCGGCUGCAAUGGCCAUGAGCUCAUGGGCAGCAGAUAUGUCGCGCGCGGAGCAUAUGAGGUGACCCGCACGUUGCCGAAUGGCAGAGAGGAAACUAUCACCCCCCAUAAGUGGGCGACGGCUGUGAAGAUUGGCUCAGAGCUGGCGAUGGGCAUCAUUUUCGAACAGAGGGUGCCCAUCGCUGACCGGGGGAAGAAAAUAUGCCCUCGAUGCCACGAGGAUAACUCAAAUUCUGCGGACGACUCGGUACUCUGGUAUCUCACACUGAAGCAGAACAAGUGUGACGGGGCCCCUGAAGAACGUCAUCUGGAUUGUCGUGACGAUCAUCUGCCACAUGUGGAAGCCAACCCGGCGGAAACCGCAUUUUUCUUAAAGAUCCGAUUGUUGUCGCCGCCUCAGGCCGUGCUGAACGCGCCUCUACCACAAGGUUACUAUUCGAGACUCAUCAGUUCUAAGGACACCUUCAACUCAGCGACUGCCACGUUGGUGGACAUCCCUUUCAUGGGCUUCCUCGCGGGCUAA